AUGAGUAAGGAAGGAGGAGAACCACAAGAGGUCGACAUGAAAUUCUUCAUCAAGGCUGUUAAUGACCAAUUUAAAUUACUGAAUGCGAGGUUGAAUGAUUUGGAGUCUUCUUCCGGUUCUAAAUCACAUAGAAGACAUGAGUUCGACGAAGAAGACGAAGCUGAUUCCAAAGUGGAAAGAACAAGUUAUAAACGGGCCAAGAAGGUUGACUCCAAAGGAGAUAACAAUAUAGGCAGUAUAAAGAUGGCAAUUCUGACUUUUCAAGGAAAGAAUGAUCCUGAGCUAUACUUGGAGUGGGAAAGAAAGGUCGAGCACGUAUUUGAUUGUCAUAAUUAUUCCGAAGAGAAGAAAGUAAAGCUAGCAACCAUGGAGUUUACAGAUUAUGCAGGUAUAUGGUGGGAUCAAUUGGUGAUCAAUAGGCACAGGAAUGGUGAGAGGCCUAUUCGGUCAUGGGAAUAGAUGAAGUUGGUGAUGCGCAAGAGAUUUAUACCUAGCCAUUACUAUAGAGAUUUGUAUAGGAAGUUGCAAGGGCUAGUUCAAGGAUCCAUGAGUGUAGAGGAUUAUUAUAAGGAGAUGGAAAUCGCCAUGAUUAGAGCAAACAUAGAGGAAGACAGAGAAGCAACAGUGGCUAGAUUCAUUGCCGGAUUGAACAAGGAGAUUGCUGACGUGGUUGAGUUGCAACGUUACGUAGAGAUGGAGGAGCUACUGCACAAAGCCAUUAAAGUGGAGAAGCAAAUCAAGUCCAAGAGGUUCAGAUCUGGUUUGUCCUCUAGCUUUUCGUGGAGAUCAAAUUGGAAGGACAACAAAGCUAUCUUUAAAACAAAAGAAGAAGCAAAGUCGAAGAAUUCGGUUGCUGUUCCUAAAGGUAAACCCGAAACUAAAACUCUUACUAAGUCAUGUGGUAUUAAGUGUUUUAGGCAUCAAGGAUUCGGACAUAUUGCUUCCGAAUGCCCAAACAAAAAGGUUAUGGUUGUAUGGGCAAAUGUAGAAGUCGAAAGUGGUAGCUCAAGUGACGAUGAGAUGCCACAAUUAGAGGAUUGUUCUGAUGUUGAAGUGGAAGAACCUGUGCAUGGUGAUUUACUUGUUACAAGGAGAGCCAUGAGUAUACAGCCUAAGGAUGAAGGAGAUGAGGAGCAACAUGAGCAUAUUUUUCACACAAGAUGCCACGUGAAGGAUAAGGUAUGUACGUUGAUUAUUGAUAGUGGGAGUUGCACUAAUGUUGCUAGUACUUUGUUGGUAGAAAAGUUGAAUUUGAAGUGGAAGAAGCAUCCUAAACCGUACAAGCUACAAUGGUUGAAUGACUGUGGAGAAGUGAAGGUAAACAAGCAAGUUUGUGUUCCUUUUUCCAAUGGCAAGUAUAAGGAUGAGGUUCUUUGUGAUGUGGCACCGAUUGUUGUCUUGUCUUUAUUGCAAGAAUUUGAGGACCUACUUCCUAAGGAGAUUCCCCAUGAAUCACCUCCUCUAAGAGGAAUUGAGCUUCAAAUAGACUUCGUACCUGGUUUCACCAUACCAAAUCGACCUACUUAUAGAGCUAAUCCCGAGGAAACGAAGGGGAUACAAAGGCAAGUGGAUGACCUAUUGCAAAAGGGAUUUGUAAGGGAGAGUCUUAGCCCAUGUUCGGUUCCUGUCCUCUUAGUCCCAAAGAAAGAUGGAACAUGGCGCAUGUGUGUGGAUUGUCGAGCUAUUAACAAGAGAAUGGUAAAGUAUAGACAUCCUAUACCCAGAUUAGAUGAUAUUCUUGAUGAAUAGCAUGGCUCUCAAUUGUUUUCUAAAAUUGAUUUAAAGAAUGGCUAUUAUCAGAUUCGCAUGAAAGAGGGAGAUGAAUGGAAAACUGUAUUUAAAACUAAGUAUGGAUUGUAUGAGUGGUUAGUAAUGCCUUUCGGUUUAACUAAUGCACCUAGUACAUUCAUGAGGUUAAUGAACCAUCUCUUGCGUGCUUUCAUGGGAAAAUUUGUGGUAGUUUACUUUGAUGAUAUUUUUGUUUAUAGCAAAAUUUUUGAUUAACAUGUGAAACACUUGCAUGCUGUGUUUAGUGUGUUGAGGGAGCACCAAUUGUAUGCUAAUCUUAAGAAGUGCAUGUUUUGCUUGGAAUCUGUUGUGUUUCUUGGAUUUGUUGUUAGUUCGUAGGGUAUUAGUGUUGAUGAAGAAAAGGUAAGGGCAAUAAGGGACUGGCCUACACCUAAGAAUGCGAAUGAGAAUGUUGUUUUUAAGUGGGAUGAUGAUGUGCAUGACCAAGCUUUCAAAACUUUGAAAGAUAAGCUAACUAAUACACCUUUUUUGUGUUUGCCUGACUUUGCUAAAGCUUUUGAGAUAGAAUGUGAUGCAUUCGGGAUUGGAAUAGGAGCUGUUUUGAUGCAGGAUUCCAAACCAAUUGCUUAUUUUAGUGAAAAGCUAAGUGGGGCAACGUUGAAUUAUCCUACUUAUGACAAGAAGCUUUAUGCAUUAGUGAGAACUCUUCAAACAUGGUAGCAUUACUUGUGGCCGAGGGAAUUCAUCAUUCAUUCUGAUCAUGAGAACUUGAAGUUCUUGAAGACCCAAGGUAAGCUUAAUAAAAGACAUGCUAAUUGGUUGGAGUUCAUAGAAAUGUUUCCUUAUGUAAUCAAAUACAAACAUGGGAAGGAAAACGUUGUGGCUGAUGGAUUGACUGUUCAUUCUACUUCUUCAUUUUCUCCUUUUGAAAUUGUUUAUGGCUUUAAUCCUUUAACACCUUUGGAUAUUUUACCUUUGCCUACGAAUGAGCAUGCUAAUCUUGAUGGUAAGAAAAAUGUAGAUUUUGUGAAGGAUUUACAUGCUGGAGUUCGGGCCAACAUUGAAAGGAAGAAUGAGCAAUAUGUUAAGCAAACCAAUAAGGGGCGUUUGAAGGUUGUCUUCCAACCUAGAGAUUGGGUUUGGGUGAACAUGCAUAAGGAAAGGUUUCCCACACAAAGGAAAUCAAAAUUGCAGCCUCGAGCAGAUGGCCCUUUUCAAGUCUUGGAGUGGAUCAAUGAUAAUGCCUACAAGCUAGAUUUGCCAAGUGAUUAUGGUAAUGUUAGUGCAUCUUUUAAUGUUGCUGAUUUAUCUUUGUUUGAUGUAGGAGAUUCGAGGAUGAAUCCUUUUGAAGAGGAGGGGAAUAAUGGAGAUCGAGGUGCUGACCAAAUUUUAAGCAUGUCCAAUAAUCAAGAAGAAGACACAACCAAAGAAUAUCGACAACCCGCAGAUCUGAACCUCCAAAUGCAAGCGUUGUUAAGGGAGAUAAGGCGUAUGUUAAGGGCUGAAUUAGAACCUAUUCACGAGAGGUUGGAUAGCGUAGAAGCGGGAACUCCUAGGGGACAACAACAAGACAUCCCCAAUAGGCAGCAAGGUGGGUGUGUUCCGUGGCGGAAUGUUGAGGACGAGGCAGAGUCGGAAGAGUUUGAAGAGCCAUAUUUGAACUGGGGCAGGUUUGAGCGUGGGUAUGGGAAUUGA